AUGCCUUGGAUUACACGAUUGAAUAUCGCCAUUGAUACUGCAAAUGCAUUGGACUAUCUUCACUAUUAUGGCAUCAUCCACCGCAAUUUAAAGUCCAGCAAUAUUCUCCUAGAUGUGAACUUUUGUGCUAAAAUUUCUAACCUUCACUUAUCUCAGAAACUCCCAGAUGGAGUUCCUGUCGAUGCCAUCCAUGUUACAAGUGAUAGAAUUGGAUCUUUUGGUUAUGUAGAUCCAGAACAAGUGACAAAAGGUUGGCUUAGUGUCAAAAAUGAUGUUUAUAGCUUUGGAGUGUUGUUGUGUGAGCUUCUAUCAUCAAAGCUGGCAACAUAUUUUGCUUGGAGUGAAGAGAAUAAUCUUGCUACUAUCUUAAGAAGAGAAAUUGAAAGCCAAGCUUUGGUGGAGCUAUUGGAUACAAGACUUGGCUUCCAAACAGACCCGAAGAUCAAGCAGAUGAUGAUUGCUACGGCUGAGCUUGCAUAUUGGUGCUUACAAUGUCCACAAGAAUUAAGGCCAAACAUGGAACAAGUGCUACAGAUUCUCAAUGGCAUAAAACAAGGGAGAUAUGAAAUAAACUCAAUUAAAGCUUUCAAAACAUUCCACCAUGCUGAACUUGAAGAAGCUACUAACCAUUUUGACACUUGCCUUGGAAAGGGAGGGUAUGGCAUUGUCUACUAUGGAAAACUUAAAGAUGGGCGAGAGGUUGCAAUAAAAUGCUUCCAUCAGGAGACAGACAAAACUAUUAAGCAAUUCAUGAAAGAAAUCGAGAUCUUAAGUCUUUUGCACCAUCAAAAUUUGGUUUUACUUUAUGGCUGCAGUUCUCGCCAUAGCAACAAACAUAUGCUAGUGUAUGAGUACAUCUCCAAUGGCACUCUUUCUAAGUAUCUUCAUGAAUCUCCCAGUCCUAAGCUACCAUGGCAUACUAGAUUGAAUAUUGCCAUUGAAACUGCAACUGCUUUGGUAUAUCUUCAUGAAUCAGGUAUCAUCCACCGUGACAUAAAAGGAAGCAAUAUUCUUUUGGAUGAAAAUUUUACUGCUAAGGUUGCAGAUUUUGGACUUUCAAGGUCUCUUCCAGAUUAUGUUACUCAUGUUUCAACUAUUCCAGUAGGAACUAUUGCUUACAUAGAUCCUGAUUACUAUUAUUCUGGGAGGGUCAGUGACAAAAGUGAUGUCUAUAGCUUUGGAGUAGUCUUGUUUCAAAUCAUAUCAUCUAGACCCCCAAGUUUAAUGGAAGGCACAGAUUAUGUUACUCUUGCACAAUUUUCCAUGAGAAAAAUCUUAAACAAGGAAUUAAAUGAGCUAGUGGAUCCAAGUCUUUGUUUUGAUUCUGAUAAAAGCAUUAUGGAUAUGGUAACAGCAGUGGCAGAGUUAGCAUUUCAGUGUGUGCAGUGUCCCAAGGAUCUUAGACCAUCCAUGAAACAGGUGCUAGAGACCCUGGAAGGCAUAAGGAAAGGGUGUUGGGGAUUCAACCAGAUAACCUAGCCUUAAUUCAAUGCUACCACCAAGCCAUAUUAGAAAGAAGGUAUCACAUAAUUCAUUUGGUGAUUUUUUUAUUGCAUUAUCAAAUCUGAGGGUGAAAUAUAAAAUUUCUUGCUGUACAAAUAACCUUUCUUUAUCUUAUACAACUUGUAUUUUAAAUUUUGUUUUGUUUAAAUGAAUUACAAAUGCAUUUUAUUUUUUAUAUGAAACUUUAGAUCUAUUCAUGGUUGAAAUUAAUAUUGAUCUGCUUAAAGAUAGGUGGUAGUAUGAUUUUAAAUUUUGGUUAAUUGCUGGGUUUGUAUGAUUAUGAUUAUUACUAGUGUUAUCUUUAUCUUUGUCUGGGAAAUAAAGAAAAAUAAAUAACAUUAGUAAAAGUUACAAAAGAAAGCAGAGGGAUGGCAACCAGCUUCCCAAUGCACGUCAUCUCAAUCUUCCGCUAGGGAGCCUUUGACAUUGUUUAUUAUGGUAAGGUUUAAGAAAACCCCUUUUAAAUUAAGUAUGUAUGUUGUCUUAACAAAAUUAAUACGCAUUGAUUUUAUAGAAGUACAGUGCAAAUCAAGUUGGUUCUAAGGAAAUUGGACAUCAAUAUAUAGAUAUUCAUUAUUUAAAUCGAACAUUAGUUUUUAUUUAAAAUUUAUGUCUAGAAAUAAAAUAAUACUUGAUUUAUUUCCCGUGUACAUAUAUCCCUUGUAAAUUAACAAAUUGUAAUCCUCCUUGAAUUGAUAUUCACUAAGAAAUAUUUCGAGGUGUGUAAAAUAUAUACAUGCUUUUCUUUUCUUCCAAAUGAUAUAAAUGUAUUUAGUUUUUUUUUUACUGGCAUAAGAAAACUUCAAGAUAGACGUGAGGUUGAAGUCAAAUGUUUCCAUGAAAAUGACACAAUAAUUCAUCAUUUCAAAAAAGAAAUUGAGGUAUUGAAUCUCUUAAGCCAUCUACAUCUUAUCUCAAUGCGUGGUUACAGUUCUAAUCUCAAAGAAGAACUCUUGGUAUAUCAAUACAUCUUCAAUGACACUCUAGCCAUUCAUCUUGGUCAACUAUAUUGAAUAUUGCCAUUGAAAUUGCAAGUGCAUUAGCAUAUCUUCAUGAUUCAGGUAUUAUCCACCGUGAUGGAAAGCCUAGUAAUAUUCCAUUAGAUAAUAACUUUAGUUCUAGAAUUUCAGAUUUUGGGUUCUCACGGUUUCUUCCAUCUUAUCCUACCCAUGCUUCAACUUUUCCACCAGGGACUUAUGUUUAUAUGGAUCAAGAAUACAUUGCAUCAAACAUGGUUAGUGACAAAAGUGAUGUUUAUAGUUUUGGUGUGGUUUUGUUUGAGCUUCUAUCAUCCAAACACCAGCUUUUUUAGAGGGCUCACAGUAUGUUACCCUUGCUACCUUCGCAAUGAACAAAAUCUUGAACAAAGCAUUGGAAGAGCUGGUGGGUCAGAAAAUGUGUUUUGAUUCAAACAAUAAAAUAAUGAAAACAAUAACUGCAGUGGCUGAGUUAGCUAUUUCGAUGUUUGCAGUGUCCAAAGAAUCUUAGGCCAUCUAUGAAACAAGUGUUAAAGACCUUGGAAGGCAUAAAGCAUGAAACAAGGGGAUUUAAUCAGAUAACACGAGUUAAUGUUUCACAUUUUGGAGGGUAUCAAUCAAAAUCUUGAAUUCUUAUUUUUAAUCUCUAAUUAAAGUUUUAAGUGAGCAAAAAGUAUUCUGUAUUAACAUCUAGACUAUUUACCAUUUUGUGAAGUUUAGACCAUAUAAUGUGUAACAACAGUUUCUUUUUCUUUCUUGUGGACGAAAAACUCAGUUGAAAAGUUGCAGAUUUUGGGCACUUGCAAACAUACCGUCUACAAUCAUACAUGUAGAUGUUCGGUUAAUGAAGCAUAACCAAAGUUCCAACUGUAAUUUAACAUUAAAAAAACAAAAGGAAAACAUUAUUAUGAGUUUAAUUUUGAUUCAUUGUUAUUGUAAAGAUUUUUAUUUUAUCAACUAAUUAAAAUACAUCGUGGAUAUAAUAUUUAUAUUAAUUAUUAUAAAUUUAACAUUUUUGAUAAUAUAAUAAUCCAUAAAUAGGUGAUUGUAUAAAAAAAAUCUUUACACUGAUAAUCCAUUUAAAUUAAAUUCUGCUUAUAUAGCAUCUUUGAUAUUUUAUUUUUUUGAUCAAAUAUUUUUUUAUUAACGGCAGGGAAACCUUCACCUCGUUUAGGACCUGUUGUGAUGGGCUGCAAGAUUAAAGUUAAAAAAAACUUACUGGGCCUUGAACAUAGUUGGAUCUCCUCAAGUGACUUAAAAUAAUUUUGACAAAUAAAAAGUGAUUUAAAAUAACUU